CGGCUGUUAACGACGCACCAGGACUCGAGAAUCAUCGACGACAGUCGCUGCCUCUGUUUGAACUCGAGAAUUUCCAGCCAGCCAUCUGGUCUGACAACUCGCCCUGCAAGAUCCGUUGAAUUAGGGUUUCCGAGAUGGCGGCAAAUGAGGCACGAGGUUCGUACUUAUCGAGACUGCAGCGCAUUGUCGAUAGGACUGAAACCUGUUUACAGCCUCUUCUGUUGGCUCCCACACAGACAGUCUCAUUAGCGCGUCCGGCUACAAGUUCAGUAAAGGCAGCAAGAAGGCGCCGAAGGUCAAAUUAAAAAAGCUGCCUCUCCAAGGCAAGAAAGAAGCGCAAGUAAAUGGCGUCAAGAAUGUCGCAGAAGCGCCCUCACCAGAAGUACCAAAGUUCGAUGACGAGACCAUGGCAAAUUUCCCCAACGGCCGCCUCGAAAGCCUUGAUACCGUGAUUUGCAAGCAUUGCAAGAAGAUGGUUUUGAAGCGCACGGCGAAAGGGCACAUCGCCUUGUGUUUAAAAUCAAAACAGGACAAAGCGCGCAAGAAAAAGGAAGCACGCGAGGCUGCAGCGCGGGCGAAGGAACGGGCAGAGAAAGCUGACGAUGACGAUGACGACGAUGAUGAUGUCAAAGCGCCUGCCAGAAAAGACGCUGCCAACGGCGAUGAUGACGGCUCCAAGAAGACCAAGAAACGAAAGGCCGACGCUGAAGAUGACAAAGAGCCUAGAAAGAAGAAAAAAAAGGAGGAGCAGAAACCGAAAGUGGCCAAACCCAAGGGCCCGGUCGAUGUCGAGAAACAAUGCGGCGUCCAACUGCCAAACGGUGGACAGUGCGCAAGGAGUUUAACAUGCAAAAGCCACUCCAUGGGAGCAAAGCGGGCUGUCCCCGGGAGAAGUCUACCUUACGACAUGUUGCUUGCUGCAUACCAGAAAAAGAAUCAGGCACGCCAGCAGAAGGCCGCGCUGGAUGCCAAUGCGCCUGCUCUCCUCGAAGAGGAUCUCGACCCCAGUUUGACUGGUCCAGUUGAUUCGGACGAAGAGCGAGACUCGGUCAUGACAGCCAUUGCCAGAAGCCUUACUCGACCCCAACCACUCGUCACGAAACCACUAUUCCCAACACGCCGGAAAUACCAGCUGGUCCGGAUGAAGGAAAUGCUGUCAAACGCCAUGAGUGGUAACCGAUCCGGCGGCUUGUUCAGUGUUCCUCCGGAGAGUGCUAGAAGUGCUGUCCCGCAGUCGGCGAUCCAUGAAACGUUUGCCACGGCGAUAUCUGCUUCGCCUAUAACGACAGGCAUUGGGAUGGCUCAACCUGGAUUGAAGGCGCCUCUCCGAAAGACCUCGAUUGAUGUCGCAUAGAGACAUGAUUUGUGGUGGACGCGUGUUGUGGUUGCUGCGGGCAUCACGGUGUCCCCCAUGGACAAUGAGUUUUAUCUGCAUUUUUGGAAGCAGAGACUCGCAUUAGUCCCCCCAAACCCAAAGCUGUUGGUCAAGGCGACGUUGACAUCGGCCUGUUGCGCUGUAUUGGCAACAUAGUUGCAGUCGAACUCGUCGCCUUUGGAGACAAGGUUAAUGGUUGGCGGCAAGGUAUUCUGGCCAUUCAUAUUGUUAUUACCACCAUCUUCUGGUCGCACCAUCCUUGGAGGUGCCAGACUGAGUAUACGUACCUCGUAUAUGGCCAGAACAGUGAACAAAGCCUCUACUGCUCCUGCGGCGCCUAGAAGGUGGCCAAUUGCACCCUUGGUGCUGCUCACGUUGAUCUCCUUGGCAGAUUUCCUGCCCUGUUCCCCCAGCAUAAGUGUCUUCAUUGCCUGGUUCUCAGCCUGGUCCCCCAAUGGCGUGGAAGUUGCGUGAGCAUUGAUAUAGUCCACUUUAGACGGGGGAAUUUGGGCCUGUUUGAGGGCCUUGUGCAUGGCUAGGAGGGCUCCGGCGCCAUCUUCAAGCGGCGCCGUGAGGUGAUGAGCGUCUGCUGAGUUGCCGUAGCCGACGAGUUCGGCGUAGAUAGUGGCGCCACGGGAUUUGGCAUGCUCCAUUUCCUUUCCACACACGUCAGAAUUGUGUCUGGUGCUCACCGUCCUGCAAGAUGACAUCAAUUCGCUUACCUCGAGCACAAUGCAAGCUGCGCCCUCACUGAUCACAAACCCUGCCCUGUCCGCAUCAAACGGCCUUGAACUCUUCCAUGGCUCGUCGUUGAACUUGGUCACCAAGCUCCUCGACCGGGCAAAGCCGCCUAUCGCGAGCGGGUGGAUACACGAUUCCGCACCCCCGGCUAUCAUCACAUUUGCUUCCCCCGACUUGAUGAAGCGCGAAGCGUCCCCGAGGCUGUGGGCGCCGGUGGUGCAGGCGGUGGUGACAGCGUGAUUAGGGCCUUUGAGACCGUAGCGCAUGGAUAUGUGCCCGGCUCCCAGAUUGAUCAACAGUCGGGGAACGAAAAGCGGGUGGAUCUUGCGAUAGUUCUUGUCUUGGUGAUAUGCCACUGAGGUGUUGUAGAGAUCUUCCAGAUUGCCGAUUCCGGAGCCGAGACAGACGCCCUACAGAUGCGUUUAGUCACGAGAUUUGUUUCCGGGUAGCACGGACGGAAGCAUA